AUGAGCCAACACUGCACUAAGUUCUCUGGCCUCUGGAAGAUCCUGGUGUGGGAUGAGGAGUUCUUCCAGGGCCGGAGGCAGGAGUUCACCGCCGAGUGCUACGACGUGAGGGCGUGCGGCUUCCAGACGCUCCGCUCCUUCAAGAUUGAGAGUGGCGCGUGGGCAGGCUUUGAGCACGUGGGCUUCCAGGGGCAGCAGUUCGUUCUGGAGCAAGGCGAGUACCCUCGCUGGGAGGCCUGGAGUGGCAGCCACGCCUACCACGUGGAGAGGAUGAGCUCCUUCCGCCCCAUCGCCUGUGCUAAUCACCGGGACAGCAAGAUGACGAUCUUCGAGUGGGAGAACUUCCUGGGGCGGAAAGGGGAGCUGAGCGACGACUACCCUUCGCUGCCAGCCAUGGGUUGGGGGAGCAGCGCGGUGAGCUCCUUCCGCGCUCACUCUGGCGCCUGGGUCUGCUCCCAGUUCCCUGGGUACCGGGGCUUCCAGUACAUCCUGGAGUGCGACCGUCACGCGGGCGAAUACAAGCACUUCCGGGAGUGGGGCUCCCACGCGCAGACCUCCCAGGUUCAGUCCAUCCGGAGGAUCCAGCAGUGA